CACCUCGAACAGUAAAGCACUCUACCUCUUCCCCACGCAGCAUUUCUUGAAGUCGGCACCAUCUCAGUGACAGUUCUGAGUCGUAGGGGGAGGUUCGCUCGUGUAAGAAACAGUUGAGAGCGCUACCGUCGACCCAAAACGCGAGCCUCCCUUAGCGUCCCCGAAGCUAAGCAUUCCCCUAUUUGUUCCUCUCGAGCCAUCGUCCGAGUCACCAACGGCUCUGCAUCUUCCUAAAGUAUGGAUCGGACGGCUACCUGUGGUCCACGCUGUUGCAAGCUUUCCUGGGACUAUGCGGCCGAGCCAGUAGCGCCGGCAGAUGGAAUAGCGUGUGCCCAGGGCAGCGUCGCGUGCUGCGAAACGGGCGUCCCGUGCGUCGAUCAACACCUCGGUUGCUCGCACGGCCUCGGGAGUGCCGCUUGCUGUGAUCGCUCGCUUCUGGCGAGCAGCGCCAAGCCAUUUUCGCUGGCGCGGCUCCUCUCCAAGGGAUUCCACUCCAAGGGCGUCGCGAGCGGAGCCGCGAGGAUUUUCCUCUGGUGGCUGGUGUUGGUCGUAAUCGCUGCUGCUUUAACUGCAAAAAUCUUCUUCUCGGGUUUGCCCCUUGACUGCAUGGCGCAUGCGCCGCUUGACUCCCCGCAACCAGCCCCUCUGCCCGCCUGGGAAGAGUCCGCGGUUCAGAAUUCCGUCUAUGCGCCCGAUACGCUGCCCCUGCGGCAGUUUCUCCUCCGCCGCACUGCACAGUGGGACGACGGAAGGGGUUUCGCUGCGCCUUGGGGCCUCUGGGGGUGCCAUUUCGGGGGAACGAGCGGAGCAAGGACGCAAAUAUAUAGAGAGUUGGGUCUGGGGGCGGUGGUGGUAAGGACUAAGGCGGAGGCGGCGGAGGAUUCAGACGUGGGAGAUGGGCGGAAGGAGGGGAGAGGGAGCGAGUGGGAGGAACGAGCGGAAGGGGCAGAGGCGGAGGGGCUAAGGAGAGCCAAUGACGCUGCUGGUAACGAGGACAGGGGAACGGGAGAACAGGAGCAAGAAGAGGGGACGAGGGCGAGAGAGAGGGGGAAUCGCUCCGGCAGGGAUGCGGGCAAUGAGACUGGGAUUAGGAAGGGAAAGUACGAUGGAACGCUUGAUGUGAAGGCUAAAAGACGGGAGUCCGCCAGGGUACAGGAAGGUGGUGAUGGAGGGGAAGACUCCGAGGCAUUAGACGAGGCGGCAGCUGUAGAAUCAGCAGAGCCAGCAGCAGCAGCAGAAGAAACAGAUGGGACAAUAACAGCAGAGACAAAACCAGCAGAAGUAACAGCAGAGGCAUCAGCAGCAGAAGAAGAAACAGCAGCAGAGCCAGAAGCAGCCACAACAGAAGAAUCAGCAACAGCAGAAGAAGCAGGAGCGGCAGAGGUUGCAGCAGAAGAAGCACCUGAGCAGCGCACGAGCAGCCAUGCCACCCAUGCCAGCCGUACAUCGGAUCCCCUCGCCUCCUCCGUUCAACCCCAGCCCUCCCAGCCCUCUCCUGCAUCCCAGGGCGGCGUGGACAUUUUCUUCCAGGGCGAGUUCGGGUACGAGUUAAUCGCCGUCCUCCCCUCCGCCUACUGGCACUAUUUGAACGGCUCCCUCCGCUCCACCACCUCCUGCGGGCGGCAUUCCUUGGCGUCUCUCUACUACUUCAGCCCCAACCACACAGACGACGCCACGUGUCAACGAGAUGACAUGAAGGACAAUGUCGCUGCCUACGGCUUUCGCAACGGCAUUCAUUACAGUCACAUCCCGCCAGCCUGGCAGCCGCCCACUCUUGCCGCCCAUUUUAGGAAGCUCCCCCCCGUGUGGCCGGAGAUUCCCGAGGGCUCCCGGCUGGUGGUCAUUGGAAAUAAAUUCGAGCGGGAAUGGGGCCACUCACCGGUGAAUUUCAUUGAUAUACGGACAUUACUGAGAAUAGUAGACUCUUAUUUAGAAGCGGGAUUCUAUGUAGUGUACAACAACCCGGGGAUGUCAUUGGAGCAGGACCAACGACAGAAGAUACGAGAUGGGAAAGACCUGGGAGAUUACGAGGCGCUGCAAGAGCGGUUUGGGAAGAAUCGACGGCUGCAGAUCAUGCAGAAUCUCCAGAAACGGUGGCCAGGAUUGAGUUUCAAUGACGUGCAGUUUAGAAUGAUGGCUCGGAGCGUGUGCUUCGUAAGCGUGCAGGGCGGGGGCAGCAUAGUGGAAAGCUUCUUCGGCGGCCGGAAUAUAAUAUUCUUUCGAGAAGGGCAGGAGGUGAACGGUGGGGCGUAUAAGAGGAUUUACCCGAGGCUGUCUGGAGCGAAUGUGAAGGUGGUAACCAGCUAUGGGGGGCUGGUGAGGAAGGUGGAUGGGAUGACCAAGAAGCACAACUGUUAUGCACAAUUGGAUUAAGUACGGUAUGUGAUCAGCUCUGGGAAUGGAUAGAGGCAUUCAUAGUCAUGUUCCGUCUGGUUGGAAACAAUGUGGAGGAAGGCCAGACAAAAGGAGCUCGAUGUCAUACACUUUCUAAUGAUGACGUGCAAUA